UGCGGGCUUUUGCCAUCGUUAAUCCGCUACGUGGACCCUUGAAGGAUGCCCGUCCGUCUCCUUACUGCAGUAAUAUCCCUCAUACAUGAGUCUCAGUUCUUAUCUACAGACGGUAGAAAAUGGGCUACCGACAUUGUAGCAACCACGAUAAUUGCACAUGAUAGAUCAACUUGGCCCCUUUCCGAAUUCCCAAGAAUAUCCGAGUUGCCGCCCCCGGCUUUGGUCAGGUGCCUGAAAGAACCCCCAUUUUUGCCUCCCACGCGGACAAUCAAAGGAAUGGCGUAUGACGACUUAGCCAAGAGCACCUAGCCCGGGAUGUUAUCACGGUAGAUAGAUGCGACGGAGAAAUCGUGCCCUGGCAUUGGAAUCAGCCAAGAUGUCAUUGCGGUGUCUUUCCCUAUUGAGCCACAGCAGCAAUCUGUACCCCGCAUCCGAGGAGUGCCGGGGCCACGCGGGCCUUUCCCCGGAUGUUCUCGUCCCCUGGGGGUUGUCCGAUUCCGGCUAGAGCGUAGUUAAACGCUUUUCCGGUUUGUGGAUUCGGUAGUCUGAUGGUUGGAGAGGGGUUUGUUCGAACUAUUGAUGGUGAUGGGCAGUCUAUACGAGUGUUUCUGAACAUUGUAGCCUCCCAUCGCAAAAAAGUCACCUGUCCUACUCUGUGCUUAUGUGUUACCUAUCAUUGGGUUUUCGUGUCGGGUACGAACUGCAGUUCGGCUCCUCUAACGGGUUGUUAGCUUCCGUGCCUAAUUAGAUACAUCUGCCUUCACCGACUUCUUUGCCACCAUUUCAUACAUUCAGACCCUGCAA